AGGGGAAGAAAAAAAGCGUCAGUGUUCAAAACAAUACUUGAAAUUGCGGGACAGUGUGGCGCCGUGUUCUAUUAAAAAUGUCUCAGAAUAAAGACGACCUGAAAAAGACGAUCUCUCUGCCCGUCUCCAGAGUGAGGCUGAUCAUGAAGAGCUCUCCGGAUGUUUCCAGUAUCAACCAGGACGCGCUGUUCCUCACCACCAAGGCGACAGAGUUAUUUGUCCAGCACUUGGCUCUCUCCUCAUUCAACAACGGAUCUGGGAAAGAAACCAAAACCUUGUCCUACAGCGACCUAGCUAACACAGUUGAGGACACCGAGACUUUACACUUUCUAACCGACAUCCUGCCUAAGAAGAUCUUGGCUCAAGAUUACCUCAGGUCUCUGGAGCAAAUGCAGGAAGAGGAUGGCGACUUUUAGAAUGGUCACUGGAUGCUUUUCACAUCUGGACAAAUCAAAUGUAUAGUUCUGCCAUUCACUGACAAUGAAGUGACUGGCAGAAGAGACACUCUGAACUCAGCUGCUGUAGAGCCUGUGGGAGAGCUUAGUGGAUGAAGAACAGGAUGUCCAACCACACAGGACUAAAAAAACGUCAUGCAGACAGUAGCAGGAAACUUGGAAACAUGACCAUCAAUGACUGAUACCAGUAAGUUGAAGGGCCCAAACGAAGCAGGCUUAGAUGAAUCAAACAACUCCAAUGUAAUCCUCUUUAAUAGGGACCGUGUCUCAAUUUUUUUUAUAUAUAUGAUCAAGUAUGAGGAAAAAAAGGGUUAUUUAUUUUUUUGCCAACUAAUUGGAACUCCCUUCACCUCAAUCUUUAUGACCCAGAAUUAAUGCCACACAAGUCAUUGAGCAAAAAGGUCUCAGUAGUGAUUUCCUUGUUUGACCACUUAUUUCCGAAAUGCUGUCAAACACUGAUUUUAAUCAUUUAAAUCACAUGCAUGAUACUGGUCAUGUUUUAAAGUAAUAGUUACAUGUUUGGGUUUUGAGACCAUUUUCAUAAAUACUUGAACGUUGUUUAUACUACACUGUAGCUUUUCAUAUUAAAAUGUACAUUCAACCUAAACUACCUUUUGAGUCAACCUCCUCAUGUGUUCAAAAAUGUUUUUAGAUUUGAUAUCAAAAUAAAACAAGUUAAA